GAGGACUUGAGGCAACAUAACAGGAACAGUGCGAUUUUAUUUGGGCCGCAGUUGUGCGCAGGACCCGAAACAGGAAACACGUCGUAGUUGCUUCGAGCGGAGAAGACUUCAGCAGCGUAAAAUAUUGUCAUUCAAAUUAAGUGUUAAGAAUUCGCUAGAGAAGAUGAAACUAACCGACUUCAGGCAGCCCCUGAUCAGAGUCCAAGGAUUAGGCAGAGGCCUCAGUGCCACUCUGUUCUACUCAGCUCUGCUGGCUGUGCUGGUAACCGCCGCCCACGGAUUGCAGCUGGGCGCUUUGUCAACGAAGGCACCGCGGGUCAGCAAGUACACAACCAAGUCGCCAUCGGCCUCGUCGAUGAACCACGAUGCCACCACCUCGCUGUACCGCUUCAAUGCCACCAACGGCAUCACCUGCAUCCUGAUGCAGGUAGAUGGAUUAAUCAGCAUCAGGUAUCGCAACAAGCUGAACGAGGAUGUGGAGGCCGAUCUGUACAUGCCUGACGACCCCCAGCUGAGUGGCGAGUGCGUCGAGUCCAAUAUGGAGAUUCUAACCAUGGACUUUAAGGGCUUUCGCCUGUCCAUGACAUUUAAAAAGUCGUCCGGCGGCGAGGGCUGGUACAUCAAUCUGUUCGAGCUGUCCUACUCCUCGUCCAACUGGCUAUUCGAGCACCCCGAUCGCCCCAACCUCGACGUCAAGCUCACCUCACCCGCCCAGACGCCCAUGUACUUCCCCACGCCGGUGGGCAAGUCGUAUCUGUGCGACAAGGAGCAAACUGUGAUCAUGUACGCCCCGCACGACUCCGGCGACCAGUCGGGGCACAUAGCCAAGUUGUAUCUAAGGGACAUGCACAUGCAGAGCUUCAUGUUCAAGGACAGCGGCAAGUGGGGCCCGUCCUUCCACUGCAGCGCCACCGGCUCCUAUCGGGAUGAGACCGCGCCCUUGGCCGUGGGUACAGCCCUGGCCAUUGCCGUCCUGCUGACCAUCUCGGGUUACGGCGGCUGGAGGUACUUUAAGGUCAAGAAGGUCCAGUACGGCUCAAUGGAGUGAGCAGGAUUCAACAACAACAACCAAGUGAAGCGUUCGUUUUCGUUGAACUAUUUGAGAUCAUAUCGUUGUCUACACAUAUCCCCCACGUUUGUUGGAUCUAUUGCAAUCCUCUGUAGUCCUAUUUUAAAACUUUAAGAGUCAAAAUCGAGGAGUUGUCCCGGCAGAUUUACGAAAUUAUCGAAAGCAGCAUAAAGAUAUACAUAUAUGAGAAAUGCAAAUGUCUUCCAUAUUGUUAAAGUGUAUAAAAUAAUAGCGCACCAUAUAUGAUUAUUAAAUGUUAAUAUAUAUAUAUAUCAUGAUGAUUAACCAACCACAACUAUUAUUUACCAAGGCAAACUCUAAUCUCUAAGCGAACGACCAAAGUUGGCCAAAAUCGUAUAGCUCGCUCCUCUAGUUUCGACAAUUUUUAUCGAGAAGCAUCUUUAUCUAUAUUGCUGUACAUUUUAACGAAAUCUCCUGCACCUUUUCUAUUUAAAAUUCAUUAUCUCUUAAUCCAUUCGAAGGUUUGCCAGUUGAAAUAAUGAAAAAUAUGUAUGUGGGGGAAAAACAACGCAUGAUAAACUAAAAAUGCUAUUGUUUGAAAUUAAUAUUAAUGAGUUUUAUUAAAAAUAAAUACUGGAUGCCUGCUGAAAAAGUAAUACCCUUUGACUUUUUUGGUUAAUAUUAAAUAAUAGUUUUUAAUCUUAUCAGCAAAGUACAUGUUCCUGGCAUAAACAAUAUCGAGACAUGACCGGAGGAGCUUGAUAUAUUCUCUGAUCAGCCACCCCUCUUCUCUGACGAAUGUAAGUAUAUUAUCCAUAGUACCUAUGCCGGCAUGUUAAACGAGUUUCUUCGGCCUAAUAGCGGGUAUUAUUGUACUUUCACAUAAAUAUUCUUCAGUAACUCUAAGUACUGUUAUAUUUUCUAUUUAUUUGUGGACUUUAUAAUAAUCAGAAAUCAAUUUAAUGGUGAUUAUGAUUUAAAUUAAGAAUUUUUGAGACUUUAACCAAGAAACCUUAGUUAAAGUCAUUAUUGUCUAUAUAUAUAAACUGAACUGAACCUGAACUAUACAUAUUAUAUGAAUUUAAAAAGAAUUCUUUGAAUAUAGAUAUGUUCAGACAUUCUAAACCCCUGGCAGGUGCGUAAUCAAUUUCAAAUUUACACUGAUUUUCUCCCGAGUCAAUAAUUUUGAAGAGAUAAGAACAUUAAUCUUUUAUGAAAAUACUC